AUGGGAAACAUGUCAAUCAGUGAAUACUACAACAAGUUCAUUGAGUUGAUGAGGUUUGCCCCGGAAGUAAUCCCUACUGAAACCAUUAAGGCUCAAAGAUUUGAGCAAGGCCUAACCUUGAUCCUCCAAGGGAAGCUAGGGGGAAUGACUUUUGAGACCCUAGAUGAAGUCUAUGGUCGUGCAGUCCAUCUGUACGGAAUUAAGGGGAGGGAGAUGGAGAGGGACAACAAGGGGAACUUUAGGAAGGGGAAUGGGGGACAGUCAUCCAACCAUAAAAGGAAUGGGAACCAAAUGGGUGAGAAGCCCAAGAGGAAGUAUUUCUGCAAGAGGUGUGAUAAAGACCACCCAGGGAAGGACUGUGAGGGAAACCCGAAGGAAGCUGGUGUUAAGUCUGGGAAGGUGAAAGAGUUUAGUGCACCUAGUAAACCACCUCAGUCUAGUAGAACUACAACCAAGGCUGAAACCAGUAGUGGUGCGGGAGGUGCCCCAAAGAGGCGUGUGUUCAUGUUGAAUAGUCGGCAGGCUGAGUCUACUAAUGAUGUGAGUCCUGAGUCAGUUUCUCUAGAUGUGUCUAUUCCAUCAGGGGAAGUGAGGAGUUAUUCGAGAUUGUUUUUGAGUGUGCCUAUUUCCAUCUCUAGGGUAGAGUUUCUGGCUGAUUUGAUCGAGUUUGACUUGAAUGACUUUGAUGUGAUUCUGGGUAUGGAUUGGUUGGGAAAGUAUGAAACAAAAAUUGACUGUGCGGCUGAAAAGGUCACCUUGACUAGCCCAAGUAAGACCAAAGUGGUGUAUAAAAAGGAAGGGAAAAGUUCAGGGUUGAGAAUUGUGUCUGCAAUACAACUACAGAAACUGGUUAAGAAGGGUUGUCCUUUGUUUUUGUGUAGUGUUCAAGAGGUUGAAAGUGAGGAAAAGAAAGGUGAAGAGGAUAUUCCUGUUGUAGAAGAGUUUCUAGAUGUGUUUCCGGAUGAGAUUCCUGGUAAGCCACCAGUGAGGGAUGUUGAGUUCACUAUCGAUCUAGUGCCUAGAAUUGGACCUAAAUCUAAGGCUCCAUAUAGGAUGGCUCCAGCUGAGUUGAGGGAGUUGAAGACCCAGUUGGAUGAUUUGUUGGAGAAAGGUUAUAUUAGGCCUAAUUCAUCACCCUAG